AUGCGGCGCUACCUGCGCGUCGUGGCGCUGGGCCUGGCCUGCGGCUUCUGCUCGCUGCUCUACGCCUUCAGCCAGCUCGCCGCGGGCCCCGAGCGCGGCGCGGGCGGGGAGCCGCGGGCCGCGGCGGCCUCCUGGCUGGCGGGCGGCGGGCGCGGCGUCGUGAGCGGGGCGGGCAGCGCGGGCCCCGCGGCGCGUCCCGGCCGGGCGGACAGGUGUGCCAGCGUCCCUGUGUGUUACUGGAAUCCCUAUUGGAUGCUGCCCUCUGAUGUUUGUGGAAUGAACUGCUUUUGGGAAGCGUCUUUUAGAUAUGUUCUGAAGACCCAGCCUGUGGAGAGAAUGCACCUGGCCGUGGUGGCCUGUGGGGAGAGACUGGAGGAGACCCUGACCAUGCUGAAGUCAGCCAUCAUCUUCAGCAUCAAACCCCUGCAGUUCCACAUUUUUGCUGAAGAUCAGCUGCACGCCAGCUUCAGAAGCAGACUUGACAGCUGGUCGUUCCUGCAGACUUUCAACUACACGCUGUACCCCAUCACCUUCCCGCGGGAGAACGCGGCCGAGUGGAAGAAGCUCUUCAAGCCCUGCGCCUCGCAGAGACUCUUCCUGCCUUUAAUCCUGAAGGAAGUUGACUCACUGUUGUAUGUCGACACUGAUAUCCUUUUUUUACGGCCUGUUGAUGAUAUCUGGUCUUUACUAAAGAAAUUUAAUUCCACACAAAUUGCUGCGAUGGCCCCAGAACACGAGGAACCUCGAAUCGGAUGGUACAACCGCUUCGCCAGACACCCGUACUACGGGGAGACCGGGGUGAACUCCGGGGUGAUGCUGAUGAACAUGACCCGGAUGCGCCGCAAGUACUUCAAGAAUGAUAUGACAACUGCACGACUUCGAUGGGGAGAUAUCCUUGUGCCAUUGCUUAAAAAAUACAAACUGAACAUCACAUGGGGUGAUCAGGACCUGUUGAAUAUCAUGUUUUUUCAUAAUCCAGAAAGCCUCUUUGUUUUCCCGUGCCAGUGGAAUUACCGCCCAGAUCACUGCAUCUAUGGAAGCAACUGCCGGGAGGCUGAGGAGGAAGGCAUCUCCGUGCUUCAUGGGAACAGGGGCGUUUACCACGACGACAAGCAGCCGGCGUUCAGAGCGGUGUACGAAGCCUUGAGAAACUGCUCCUUCGAGGACGACAGCGUGCGCGCGCUGCUGCGGCCGCUGGAGCUGGCGCUGCGCGGGACGGCGCACACGUACUGCGGCCGCAACUACGGCCUCUUCCUCAAGCAGCUGGCGCGCAGCGUCCGCGAGCGCGAGGCCAGGGCGCCGCGCGCCACGUGACUCGGCCGCCGCGCGCCACGUGACUGGGCCGGAGCCUGCGCGCACUCCCGGGACUGCGAAACGGGCUCGCUGUGAGGUCACUUGCCGUCCUCCGUCCGUCCGUCCGUCUGUCCGUCCGUCCGUCCAUCCGUCGUCUCGGCGCUGAGGAGGCGCUCCUGCCCUGGGAGCCUGCGCACCGCGGCCUCUCCGGGCUCCCGCGGCCUGCGCACCGCGGCCGGCCUCCCCGGGCUCCCGCAGCCGCGGGGCCCUUGUUUACAGCAGCAGGAAGGCCCUGCUUUUCUCGAGAAAUGUGAUGUGAACGGCGUCCCCCGUCGACAAUCUCCGUGUGCCUUUACGCAUUUCAUCUCUGCCCUCCGAUGUGGUGACAAUCGCGCUGGUUCAGUCUUCGUACCUGCACGUUAAACCCCGAGCUGUAUCCGAAGGGAGGAACCGUGAGCACUUUGGGGUCGUGUGUGUGUGUGUGUGUGUGUGUGUGAGAGAGAGAGAGAGAGAGAGAGAGAAAAGUGGGGUGUUUGCGUCUUGUCCCUCUUAAACUGUCUUGCCAAAACGCAGAUCGAAGAUUGUUAAGUGGAUAUUAGGGAAGUAUUUUUUUUUUUUAGUCACUUUGAAUGAAAACUUUCAGCUUUACUGGGCAUUCUGGAAGCAAAAUAUAUUAUGCUGACAGUAAAGAGAAAACCUUAGUAGGAUAGUAAGAUGGUGGAAACUUCAGCGGACCAAAAUGUGUACGCCGCGCACUUCCUGUGAGGAGAAAUUUGAGAGACCUGAAGUAGGAAGGAGCGGUCUAGUUACACUUUGCUUCUACCUCAAAAUGGCUUUUCAUGGUGUUUCUGGAGAAGCUGGUGGAUAGAGCCUUCCUCUGGGGAGGUUUUGAGGGGAUCCGGAGUAAGAAGACUGUUACAUCUGACUGUACAAAGAGCAGUGUGGCUCAUAGGCCUUAACUUUGUACCAGCUGAUGUUUUAACACCUUGAACAUAAGAACGCCACGUCGCUUGGCGCUCUCUGGGACCAGUGCCUUCUGAGGGCAUGCAUCUCAUCUCACCAGGUGCCACCUGGCUCUCAGGUAGAGGGAAGCCCAUGAAGGCAGUGCCGCGUGGAAAUCCUGCACACACAGCCCUCUGUGGCGACGUGGGCCGCAGAGCGGUGGCGUCCCACGGCCCGUGAGGGACAGAUGGAGGAGGGCACAGUGGGAGUUGCUCCCCCAUAGUCCAACACUUUAGGGCAGGUGGACACCUUAAACAGGUGGACUUUGUGUGCCUGAGCUGUGUUGUGGGGCAGAAUGCUGUGGUAACAGAACCUGUGAGACAGGUUGACAUGAGUUCGCUGAGAACAGGUGAACCCCAGAGUUGGGCGAUUGGGAGGGUGUAUCUGAGAUCAUCUCCUGGGGCCCCAGGGGCACCACGGCCUGCCUGGCUGGGAGGCCUCCAGGGUGGGGGUGGGGAGGUUCAUUCAGGUUCCUGAGCAGCACCCAGCGGUGGUCCUGGGGUGCUGGGUCCUGGGUGGAAUCCACAAAUAAAUGUUAACGAUGAGAUUUUUAAAAUGAUGAGCAAGUGGGGAGCGUGUACAGCGGUACUCCACAGCCCAGCUCAGAGUUUAGCAGCAUCUUCCUGUGUUUCUUUCACCUCCCCCCCUUUUUUUUUGCUGAAGCAUAUUAAAGAAAGUCCCAGACGUUCUGUUGCUCCCCACUGAGCAGCGACAUCAUGGCCAACAACAACAUUUAUUCCUUAAGCAAAUUUUCCCCGUUGUCUUAAAUUUGCCGUCUUUUGGUUUUGGUUUGUUGUUGGGGUACAAAAAUAAGUCACAUUAAGGUUUUUUGUCAACAGACAUCCCAGGUGAUCCUGAUGUUCCCUAGUUAGAGACGACUGGAAAUUACCUUGCUAGCUUGAAGGUUGGAAUUUGUGUCCCAACUUGUGGUGGCACAGUUGGUGGUUGGUAAUGUGGUUUUGAGAUACUGUAUUAGAGGAAACACUUGGGGCUUUUAGCAAGAUACCAAUUUUCUUUAGUAAAUUCCUUAAGAGUUCAUUUUCUCAGUGAGCAGAGGACCUGACUUGAUUGGGGUUAUGUAGGGUGUGGUCACAGCUUCAUCCCUUGGGGUGGAACUGCGGACUUUGCUGUUGUCUGUGCUGUGGGCCACCUGCUCUUUAAGCCCCAACCUGCCUGAGCUUUCAUCAUGAACGGAGUUGGGGUGACACACAUCCACCAAGACUCUUCUUACCUGACACGUGGGUGUCCUGGAACUCCUGUGACAAGGUUGAAAUGAAUUCUCGGAGUUUAUCUCUGGACAAGGUAACUUUUCCCUUGAGUGUUCUCAGGAAAUGCUGUUCUCAGUGAGGGUAAAUGAUAGAUGGACAACUUGGAGAAUGUGUGUAGUCUUCCCUAAAGCACUGUGUUAUCUAUGCAGUUUAUGUGAGUCGUGUGCUCUGUGCUUGGAGUCUGUGUGUAUCAACAACGCUGACCUCACAGGUGUCUGGCCCAGUGUUACCAAAGCUGAAGGAGUCUCCUGGGUGGUCAAACUUCAUUUGUAGCAAGUGAUCGCUCCAGAAGAACUUGGAAAACCUUUAGAAAAUACUUUGGUUCACGUUUGAAGAAAAUGCAUUUUUUUUUUUUUUUAUGAAGAGUAGUACAAAUGCGUAAGGUCACCGAGUUCCUUUGGCUCCAGAGUGAUUGCAUGCUGGUACUGGCUUUCUGUUCCUGCUCAAGCCUGUGUCCCUGGUGCGAGGAAGUGAAAACCAGGUUGGAAGGAGAUCUGGACCCUGUGCCUGGGACUUUCUGUGCCUUGGACCUUUACAUAGACAGAAUGCCUUACAGGGGUCAUCAGAGGCAGAGGCUCGGGGUGCGGUUGAAAGUGUUCUGCCCAGCUUUUUCUCACAAGGCAGUUUGUAGGUAAAUGGAACCAGGAGUUUGAUGCGAUGAAGCAUUGUUAGAGUGCGUGCUUGGCUCUGUCACCCGUACAUUUUUGUGGGCUGCAGAAUGCCCCUUGGCGAGGCUGCAGCAGCAUCACACCUGUAGGCCCUCCCUGUGCAGGUGGUCCCAUGUCCUAGGGCUGAACGUUCUCUGAUAGAGGAAUUUUGCUUGUGUUAUGUAAGGAAGGAGAAAGUUAAAGAAGAAAAAGAGUGAUGCACGUGAGUAGUCAGAGAAGAAAGCAGAGGAAGUGAGAAACGGGGAGAGGAAGGAAAGGAAAGGAAUUGAGUGAGAUUCUGAUGAGAGGCGAGGGAAGAGGAAGAAUGGACCGAGGGCAGAGACCGAGAAGCAGGGGAGGAGGCGGGUGGGCUGCUCACUUGGGAGCUGCAGCCGGGACCGAGUCACUGGCUGCUCGCCUGGGCCCUGCAGGAGGGCAGAGGUGCUGGCUGCCCUGCAAGAGAGUAGUAGGGCCGGCUUUAUCUUUAUAAACCAGAGUUGUUUCCUGGUCACCUUAUCACCGAUCACUUAGUGCUAAGGAUUCGGCAUUCUGUCUUUGUGCUGGAUCCCAGUUUGUGGCAACACAGGUAUCCUCCUUCACCUUGGCCUGUGGCCAUGUCAGGUGCCGGGUGACGGCGCACCGCCUACCUGGGGCAGAAGGCUAAAGCUUCUGUUGUGGUUUUCCCAGGGAGUGCUGAUUCCAAGCCAGGUGUGUGUGUGUGUGGGGGGGGAUCACUGCCUAGCCUUGAGUGGAGCUUAAACUGGAAAUCACGUCUGUUCACUCCCUCCAGGGGCACUUUUGGUUGCCAUUCGAGUAGAUUCAAGAGAACAGGAGAUGGCAGAUACACAUGAACUAAUACCCUAGCACUGGUUAAACCUCUUUGAGAUCCUCUUUAGACCCUUGAUCUGUGUUUUUUAAGGAUUCAAGAAAAAGUUUUGAGAGGCACAGAAAGAGAAGGAGAGCUUCCAUUUGCGGAUUGGCUCCUCGUGCACCUGUAACAGCCAGGCAUAGGCAGAGCCAGCAGCCAGGGACACAGGUCUCCCAAGUGGGUGGCUGGAGCCCAGUGACCUGAGCCAUCACUGCUGCCUCCCAGGGUCUGCAUUAGUAAGAAGCUGGAGUCGGGAGCUGGAGCUGAGAGUCACGGAGGCACUCUGAUAUGGAAUGUGGCCAUGUUAACCGCCGCAGGAAAAGCAUCCUCCCUGACCAGUUUUUUUUUUUUUUUUUUUUAAUGUUUUGAUUCUUUUAAGUAGAGAAGAAAAGUAGGAGUAUAAUAUCUCAGAUGUCGGGCCAGUUAUACAGUUAUUAAAUGCAAUUUUUUCAGUUGACUUAAUAAUUGCCUUAUUGCAUUUUGAUAUUUAAUAAAAAGUAGUUUAAUUGAUUUGUGCUCUAACAGUCAUCCUUUUACAUAUCACCAAAGCAACUUUUUUUUCCCUGUUAAAGUCUGGCUAAACUUUUCUGAAAUGUUUGUUGUUCCUUAGUUCAUUGAAAAUGAAAUUAGAUUUUAAAAGCUAAGUGAUGUAAAGUUAAGACAGAAGUCUAAAAAGUAGUUUAAGAAUUUUAAAAAGUGAAUUACGAUAUUACUCAAAUUUCUAGCAGUCCGUGAGAAGAACAGAAUAACGCCUUACACUGAGCGGUUUGGCAUUGCGUGUAAGUCAGCAUCAGCCUGACUUUUAAAUGGAAAGUGAUUGUUCUCACUGCCUCCCUACCUGGUGUCUGAUGAGAUGUGUUCCUUAGCGUUUUCUGUAAACUCAGUUUUCAAACAAAAGAGAGCCUUUGAAAAGAUGGAAAAAACAGAAACGAAAAUAUCUGUCAUUAGUAAAACAGUACCGCCGAGAAGGGCUGUGACGGGGCAGUUUGAAGUCACCCCAGGAACCGCCGAGAUGACACCGUGGUGUGGGCGCUCACACAGCUGCCACGGCAGCUCCUUGUGAAGACGAGGAGAGACGCCACCGUGUGCAUUCCACCUGAACAAUAAGUCGAUUCUGGCAGGGGUGGACAGUGGCUCUUUUCAACCUUGCUAUGAAAUUUUUCAGGAAAUACUGGAAUAUGAUUUUUGUUGUUGUUGUGAGAGAAAACCCAGGGCUUGCGGUAUUGCAGUAGAACAUGCUUCCAUUCAGAAGUGCAAGAGAGCACAUGUGCCAUCUACACUGUCACAUGUGUUUGGAAGCCGCACCUGGGGCAUUUGACCCGUGCCACACAGCAGAUCUGUGAACGAGGUGAGGUGGUGGUUUGUGCCUGUGCUGAAAUCAUGACCGCUGUUGGGAGCGGCCAUGGUUCUAAGCUCAGGCAAAGCAGGGAAUGUGCUGUGUGUAGCGACCCCUGCGCUUAGACUGCUUCUCACCGUUACGUUUCAGAAUGUGAACAGCCUCCUCCAGUGUCAGCAGUUACCAAGGGGGAGAGUGAGCUGUCAGAUUCAAGUCUAAUCUGAGAACAAUGCAAACUGCUUCUUUGUGUUUGGAAGAGUUCGUUCCUUUUUAUUUUUUUUGUAUUUUUUUUGAGAAAUUGUGUUAUUACUAAAUAAACAUGUACUCAAUAAAUGUUUAGUUUCCUUA